AUGGCAAAGGAAAAGUCGACGGAAAAGCUGUCGUCCAAGGAGGAGCGCAAGGCGGCUCGCAAGGCGGAAAAGAAGGCGUCCAGAUCCAGCGGCGCAGAACCCACGGGGGUGACAAAGGUCAAGAGCGACAAGAAGGACAAGAAGGACAAGCGAAAGGCUCUGGCGGAAAAGGUGUUGAACUCGAUCGACGACAACAGCAACAAUGGCUCCAAAAAGAAGGGCGGCGACGACGACAGCGAGAGUGAGGACGUAGAAAUGGACGGCGACACCACCGGCGGGGUGGAGGUUUCGGCGCAGGGAGACGUCAAGAAGAACGAGAGGUCGCUCGCGACGAAACCUGCCGGGCCGUUGGUGCCGUUUGCGAAUCCGUUGGCGGAUGAAAAGGUCGCGAAGAAGGUGUUCAAGGGUGUCAAGAAGGCCGCCGCGCAACGUACCCUCAGAAGAGGCGUCAAGGAGGUCGUCAAGGCCCUGCGCAAAUCCCCCGUGUCCAACGCCUCGGACCCGGUCCCCAUCGGCGUCGUCGUCCUGGCCGCGGACAUCUCGCCCAUGGACGUCAUCUCCCACAUCCCCGUGCUCGCCGAGGACCACAACAUCCCUUACAUCUACGUGACCAGCCGCGCGGAGCUGGGCCUCGCCGGCCAGACGAAGCGCCCCACCAGCGUCGUCAUGAUCAGUCGCGACGCCGGCAAGAAGGGUGCCGCGGGCGCCGCCGCCGACGCCGACGACGGCGAAUCCUGGGAAGAGACGUACAAGAGUCUCGUCAAGGUCGUCGAGAGGGAGGGGAAGCACGUCAAGAUCUAG